GCGCGCGUUGGACUCGGGGUCCGGAGGUACUCUGCCCGAGGGCGGGGCUGCUUCCAAUGGCUGCCUUUGCGGGUCGCGUGUGCCUGGGCGGAGAGGCAGGCAUGGGGCAGGGGCGGCUCCCGGCGGUCCCGGGCGGGGACAGGGGAGGGGCUGGGUGUGAGGACCCCGUCUCCCCUCCCUGCUCCCGCCUUCUGGGCCGAGCCCCACCGACGGGGCUGGGCGAAGGGGCGGGCUCUGUGCCUGGGGCCCUGUGCUUCAGCAGCGCAGCCCGGGGCUCGAUGACUGCUGGGUCGCAGGGUGCCCUCUGGCUUGGCGGAGGUGCGCGAGGACAGAGGGGUAAGAGAAGCACGGCAUACCCCGGAAGACAGGAACCGGCAGGGUCGGGGACGCCGCCCUCUGUCGCCGCUGACACAGUGACUGGUGGGCACUGGAGUCCCCGGAGCACCGGAGCCUCAGGCCCCAGCAGCUAAGGGCCAGGGUCUACCGCCUACCCCGCCAGCAGCCCGCCCGCUGCCCUGCCGAGGCGCUAGGAGGAGCCGACGGGGGCGGAGACUGGUGUCGGAGGAGGGCGGGGUGGGAACACUAGAAAACUGGCCGCUGCACAGACAAAAAAUAAAAAAAUCGCAUGGCUGGAGAACCUUCUACUGUUACCAGCCUUUUGGGACCAAGCACGGAGUUGACAGCUCCACAACGCGAGGAUAUCCGCUGACCCUGCGACACGGAGAGCACUUCCCUGAGACUCCCUGUCCAGCUAACCAGCUCUGUGAGAUUGCAACUUUCCAAGUUGGUUCUUUUCCAUCUCUGUCAGAAGACUGCCCUUUCGUGUGGGAGAGGGUGCCUGGGUGAACCGCCUUGUGGAUCGAUUUGAAAGCAUCAACUUUAAAAAAGCACGUGUGAUUCCCAGUGCCAUCCAGACGCCCGCUUUCGUGACCGCUGGAUUUUUCUGACUUUAUUCUUAACCAAUCUCUCUCUCAAAAAGACUGAAAAAGAAAAAGCUCACGAUUGUCAGUCAUGGCCGAAGGAGAGAAUGAAGUGAGAUGGGAGGGUCUGUGCAGUAGAGACCCAACUACUAGAGAGACAGCACUGGAAAGCGUUAGGCAGAUUGUUCUGAGAAAAACCGAGUACCUUCGUUCUGCCAAAGAGACACUUUCUCGACCUUCGGACGGGCUUUCAAAUGGUGUUUCUUUGGAUGGGAUGAAUAAACUUCUUGCCCAUCUGCUUAUGCUCUCCAAGAGAUGUCCCUUUAAAGACGUGAGAGAGAGAAGCGGGUUCAUUCUGAAGAGCGUCGAGGAACUUGGAAUCAGAAUCCCUCGGCCACUAGGACACGGACCAAGCAGGUUCAUCCCAGAGAAGGAGAUGCUGCAGGUGGGCAGCGAGGACGCACAGAUGCACGCUCUGUUUGCCGACUCUUUCGCUGCUUUGGGUCGUUUGGAUAACAUUACAUUAGUGAUGGUUUUCCAUCCACAAUAUCUAGAAAGUUUCUUAAAGACACAACACUACCUACUGCAGAUGGACGGGCCGUUGCCCCUCCAUUAUCGCCACUACAUUGGCAUCAUGGCGGCAGCCAGGCAUCAGUGUUCCUACCUGGUGAAUCUACACGUCAGUGACUUUCUUCAUGUUGGUGGGGACCCCAAGUGGCUCAAUGGUUUAGAGAAUGCUCCUCAGAAACUGCAGAAUUUAGGAGAACUUAACAAAGUGUUAGCCCACAGGCCUUGGCUAAUCACCAAAGAACACAUCGAGGGGCUGCUGAAGGCUGAGGAGCACAGCUGGUCUCUCGCGGAGCUGGUCCACGCUGUGGUUCUGCUCACACACUACCACUCUCUUGCCUCCUUCACAUUUGGCUGUGGAAUUAGUCCAGAGAUCCACUGUGACGGUGGCCACACCUUCAGACCUCCUUCUGUCAGUAACUACUGCAUCUGCGACAUUACGAAUGGCAAUCACAGUGUGGAGGAGACGCCAGUCCCCUCAACAGGAAGCGCCUCGGUGAGUGACUCCUUCUUUGAGGUCGAGGCCCUCAUGGAAAAGAUGAGGCAGUUACAGGAAUGCCGGGAGGAGGAGGAGGCCAGCCAGGAGGAGAUGGCCUCACGCUUUGAAAUGGAGAAGAGAGAUAGCAUGCUUGUCUUCUCUUCAGACGAUGAUGAAGUUACACCAGCGAGAGAUGUGUCUCGGCACUUUGAGGACACUAGUUAUGGCUACAAGGAUUUCUCCAGACAUGGGAUGCAUGUUCCAACAUUUCGUGUCCAGGACUACUGCUGGGAGGACCAUGGUUAUUCUCUGGUGAAUCGUCUUUAUCCGGACGUGGGACAGUUAAUCGAUGAGAAAUUUCACAUUGCUUACAACCUUACUUACAAUACCAUGGCAAUGCACAAAGAUGUUGAUACCUCAAUGCUGCGACGGGCUAUCUGGAACUAUAUCCACUGCAUGUUUGGAAUACGAUACGAUGACUAUGACUACGGGGAGAUUAACCAGCUGUUGGAUCGUAGCUUUAAAGUUUAUAUCAAAACUGUCGUGUGCACUCCUGAAAAGGUUACCAAAAGAAUGUAUGAUAGCUUCUGGAGGCAGUUCAAGCACUCUGAGAAGGUCCAUGUUAAUCUGCUUCUUAUAGAAGCGAGGAUGCAAGCGGAGCUCCUGUAUGCUCUGAGAGCCAUUACCCGGUAUAUGACCUGAUGCCCCUCCUCCACUGAAGAUGACCCUGCAGCGAACAGCAAACUUAGUCUCCACGGGCAUGGAACCAAGCCCCAGGACCAAUGGUAGAUAAAAAGAAUUCAGAAAUGCGUGUGCCAUGAUUCCUGCUAUUUUCCUGUGUCUGCUCUCACUGCUGUCAGCAGUGGGCACUUGGCAGCCUCAGUGUUAGAGCUGUGAAGAAAGGCUGUGGCCACAGUGUCUGCUUUGUGACAGUGCGAGAUGCUGUGAACUUGUUUCAGUACAGCAACUAGUAAUUCUCCAGAUCCCCUGCUCCGCUGUGACAGGGUGACGGACAGGAGAGUAGAGGCUGGACUUGGGCACCAAGUUCACCCAUAGGGGGCUGAGCAGAGCUCGGUGCUGCUGUGGCUGAGGAUGAGCGCACGGCUGUUCCCGCCGAGCGCUGCUGCCACCUGAGCCCGCCACACCGUCUUUGUGUGGUUUUCAGUUGAACUCGUGCGCAUUUUUUUCUUGCAUCUAAAAGAGCAUAGAAUUAUUACUCAGCUCAGCAAAGACCGUGUUGGCGGUGACAGUUUGUUUCUUUCAUUACAGUUUAAAAUUCAGUUGCUGGAGGAAAUUACAGUGGCAUUCUUAAGAUUUCCUCCAAAGAGCAAUCUUAAAAUAAUAGUGUGUUAAUUAUAAGAAAAACAAGCUAUCUUUCGACAUGCUGUUUUCCAACAUCCUCUCAUCCUGGAGGGCAGCUGUCUUGUGCAGGAUUUUUGUUUCCAGCACCAACAAUGUGGUUUCCAGUGUUGCUGCAAACUGACGCACAGGGAGUGCCGGGUGCAUUCUGCCCCGUGCUCCUGCUGACCUCGUGACCCUGACUUUGAAGGUAUACAGCUCCUUAAAGAAUAAAGCUGGAAAAUAUUUUAUUGAAGUUAUCGGAUUUGUAUCUCGAUUUACAGAAAUGCUAACCUUGAGAUACAAACGGGUUUAGGGGAUAAAUGAACUAAGCGCUUUAUAUUCUGGAACAGUAACUGCUUUUGGAAUCUGUCAGUAUUAUUGGUAUUUUUCAAUAAAGAAUAAUUUCCACA